UGCAGCGGGUAAACAGAGGGGAGUCUGAGCAACUCCGGCUCUCCCAAGACAUCAUGCUUCCCUCUUGCUUCGUUAUGGCGGUGAUCCUGCUGAAGGCUGCUGCGUCCACCAGGCCGACAUCUCAAGUACAAGCCGGGGAAACGGCCAAAUUAACGUGCAAGGACGCGACAGAAUUUAAAUAUGUGAAGUGGUUGAAGGACGGUAAGCGGCUCCUCUACGCAAAGAAAGAUGACGUGACGAUCGACUGGCCUCACCUCAAGCACCUGGCCGCCACACAGCCGUGGACAAAGUGGCGCGUGCUGACGAUCCCCAACGUGUCGCUCACGCACGCCGGAAAUUACACCUGCCAGAUCGACAUCAACGACUCCUUCCACUCCACCACCACCUUGCUAACCGUCAUAGAGAGACAAAUGACGACGCCAGGCCCGGCGUCGACCGCGAGGUCCCCGCUACCCGUCCAGGAUGGCCGCAACACGACGAGGGCUAAAGCGGUGGCGCCGGAGAUGCACGGCCCAGUCACCAGCAGCGUCAUGAAGUUCUCCCUCCUCGCCGUCGGCCUUGCGCUUGCCAUCACGUGGAUCGCGUGCGCCGCUUUUGCGGUCUUCAAGAAGGUGCUGCAGCCAAGGCAGAAGAAGGUGGCAGAGGCACUGAGGCUGCUGGGAGGGAACCACAGCCUCACGGUGGUGGGGGGAGUGCCGGUGGAGGGGGUUUACGCACCUCGCGACCUCGCCGACCCGGAGCGGGACUUGCUGAUUCCUGCUCACCGCCUGACUCUCGGCCCCUCGCUGGGCUCGGGAGAGUUCGGCCUGGUGCUCGAGGGGCACGUGAAGGACGGCAGCCUCUGCGGACAGACGCGCGUCGCCGUCAAGAUGCCACUCGACGAGGGCGAGCAGUCUCGGGCAGAGCGGUGGCAGCGGUUCGAGCGGGAGGUGCGGGUGAUGCUGCACGCGGGCACGCACCAGAACGUUCUCGCCUGCCUGGGCUACAGCAAGGCGCCCAACGGUUUUCCCAUGGCCAUUCUGGAGCUGGCUCCCGGUGGCAACCUGCAGACGUUCCUGCGUGAGUGCCGGGGUCACGUAACGUCGAGGCCGGGCCAGGCUGCCUACGCCGCUGGCAGCUGGGCCAGGGCCGGCAGAGGCUCGGGUCUGAGUGGACAGGAUUUCGCCCUGAUCGCACGCGGGGUGGCGCACGGGAUGGCCCACCUCACCAGGCAGCGUCUGGUGCAUGGAGACGUGGCCACGCGGAACAUUCUGAUCGGACAGAGCCUCGCACAGUGCAAGGUGUCCGACUUCGGGCUCGCACGCCUUGAGGACGAGCCCGAGCACAUCCACGCGCAGGCUCGGGUGCCAUUCCGCUGGUACCCCCCUGAGUACUUCUCAUCGCGUAGCUACACGCGAGCGGGCGACGUGUGGGCCUAUGGAGUGCUGCUGUGGGAGCUCGUCAGCUUUGCCUACACUCCGUAUGCGAACAUUACGUGCCACGUGAUGCUGGGCACGCGGUUGUUGCAGGGACAUCGCCUGGCCCGACCACCACACUGCAGCCUUGCCAUGUACGACCUGAUGAUGCGCUGUUGGGAGGGGAACCCCCAGCGCCGCCCAGACUUCCAGGAGGUUGCCCGCACCCUGCACACCAUCGCCAACUCCCAGCAGGACUAUGUCAAUAUGGCCGCCUUCAAUGCAGAGGGCUACGUGGACCUGGCCCCACAACCUGGCGAGAAGCUGUGAAGAAGCCCAUCCGUUCUCAGGCCAACUAUGUUCAGCUAAUUCAAUUGAUUUUAUUUUAUUAAUUUCAAUUCUCAAAACUCAGAAAUAAAAAGGGGUAGUGUUUAUCUAAGCAAAAUAUGUCCAUUACAAGAACGGCAACGAUCAAUGAAUGAGGGCCGCGACCACAAUACCGCACGAUGGUGUUAUAUCCCACGUCUUUGAAAAAGAGCUUCACAGCUCAUAGGAUUUCACCAGGAUAGAUAAAGAUUCUGAGGAUAAAUACACCUCAUACUUUGUUAAUUUUUAUAAAUUGAUCAUUAAGGUAAACGUGUAAUUAGAUUACUUUACUUUGAAAAUACCAAAUAUCAAAUUAGUUUACAUUACUGCACUUCUACAGUCUUUACGAGUCGUUAAUUUGGUGACCGAUUGAAUAAUAAUCCUCCAAACAGACGUCGCGCAUGAUUGGAUCUAUGAUCUAAAGGUAGUGCAAAAUUUACGUACGUAUUAUAGAAGUGGAUUAGUUUAAUUUGCGAGUGUCUUUUAAUAACUGUGCAUCAGGCAACUGCAAUGAUGUAUUGAUACAAUUGAAGUUCUGACACUCAAUAGCCAUGCAUCAGAUUGUGCAAAAUUCGAUAAUUUGCAAUUUCUGGUCAUUAUUUGCUCAUAAAAAUCUCGUGCAUUUAUACUAAUAGGUGGGGGGGGACAGUGAAUGUUAAAUGUCUACUGUGAAUUGCGACUACUGUAUUGUGAUUGAAAUGGGACCAAUGUAAUUGGCUCUUAUUUUCUCUUCGAAUGUCUAAGCCUGUACUCAAGGUUGUAAACCACGUGUUUACACCACUUGUGGUGUAUCUAUGCAUUUAGUACUUAAGUGUCGAGUUUUUACCUCGAAGCAUAAAUGUGGUAAAUGCCUGGGCAGAAGAAGGCCUUAGGCUGGGACUUGCAACCUGCCACAGCCUUUCUAAAUUAUCACAGUGCAGCUAAUAGUGUUAUACAUAAUGAGGCUUUAGUUAAGUCACUGCAAGGAAAUUCAUUAAAUCCUGGAAAGUAGGCUUCCCAUGGAUAAAUAUAUUAAUAUGGACAUUACAUAUUAUUUUAUGUCUCCUCAGCCCCAUUUAAACUAUUUUAACGCUUUAAAUAGCUUGCGUGAUUUUAUGCUGUUGUCCCAAACACAUAUAUGCUUGUAAAUAUGACUGAGGUACAAUGCGUUUCAUAUUUUGUUAAAGCCAUAGACGAUAACCCGACUGCAGACUCCUUCAAAAUAAAAAAUAAUUCCCAGUGGCCUUUGUUAAAAAAAGGCAAUGCCCGAUCAAUUUUAACUGACUUAAUUGAAUCUCGGUCGUGAAGUCAAAACAAAGUCUCAUGGUAAACCAUGAAUGUCAGAUAUUAGAGUUUACAUCAUUUCCUUUCAGUGAUUUCAAACCAAUCCCCUCAUGAGUUUCAAAGAACAAUUUACGAUGGUAGAAAUAAAAAGCAUUCUCAGUAUUAAAAUUGUACAUACAUUGGUAUAUUGAAGCUAAAGCAUACCCAGGCUUUCCCUGAAAAUAUCUCUACGUGAGAUUCCCCCACACCUCGCAAACAAAGUGCUUGGUGUUUUUGCCAACAUUCGCCGCAAUGCAGCAGUGGCAAAUGAAGGUGCCGUAGCUGCCCGUUUACACUUUUCCUUCUUUAUUUGGUCCACUGCAUUGUGGGUUCUCUUUAAUGUGGAGGGAACGCCUGUUUUGCAGUUGAUACUGUAUCUAAACAGGGCUAAAGAUCCCAUAGUUCCAAUAUUCAGGGUUGUCAGGUCUCACGUCGCACGUGCAACGCACACAUUGCUCUCGUUACAAUCAGGCUUGGGCUUCAUGGCACGACAAUAUGUUCACCACCAACUAUUUUGUCCCUAGUGGACGUCAUUGCAAUUCCCAGACCUUGACAACGAUGCGAUCUGUUUUUCCAUAAUAGGUUGGUUGCUGGUUUGCAUUUCUUGACGACCAUAUAGUAACGAUGUUCAUGAAAUAGCUUCCCAGACAAAUAGUGUAGCACUUUGUCAAUGUAAAAAAGUCAGGAAAGCUUUCCUGCACCAGCUAAUAUUCAAAACCAUAUACCUCUCACGUCGCUUGCAUCAGCACACGAGUCACGCACGAACUGGCGGCACUUGUGAUUCCUGAGCAUUUCACAGACUUGAGAAUCUACACUUGUUAAUGCCACAGCAAAAUCACUUCACUCCUCUCCUGGUCUCACGCCAUUGUGAGACAAUCCCGCAAAACCCGCCGGGUCAGUGACGCAUCCUGCGUCUCCCGAGUUGAUCUGUGCCUCGUACAACCUCACAUUGGCUGCUGUAAAUGUAUCAUCGCUCGAGAGGUCUUCGUGGUGGACAUAACCCACGGAUGGGUCAUGGUUUACACAGACGUAAACCAGUGGUUCCCAAGCUCUCUGGACCCCUUGGAUGAUUGUCAACCCUCAAACUAAUUGUCGCAGACCUUCAUAGAGUAUUGACAAAUCUGGUGCGUUGUGAAAAAAAAAUGAAAUCUGCAACAGUUCAGAAAUCCAAUUCCCAUGGUUCGGGGAGCCACCAGUGGGCCUGAGGGCCACAGGUUGGGAGCCACUGCUCGAAAUGCAGAGAGACGUCUUGGCGGUACACCGGUCCUCAUAUCAAAAUUUGAACCGACGUUCGUCUUCCGACUGCUUCGACAUCACGAGACCUGAGUGACGCUCACCCCGCAAGAUUUUCUGACUGGGGAUGCGAAUCGCGGGAAAAUAAUUGAUUACUGCGUUAAAAAAAAAAUGUAUACGGUACACCACCGUUAUAACCGCCAAUACAUUAAUGGGUCCCUUCCCAGAGAUCGGUUCUGUCCUAUUGACUAGCAUGUUGUAAAUUACAUCUAUAUAACCGACGUAAAUAUAUACUUUUCUAUCUAUAUACUGUAAUACGGUAAUACUCUUUUUAAGCUGUUAGGUACGCAUUUGUGCAUACAUGUCGACUUGUGAUGUGCCAACAUUGUCAGAGGAAAAUGCGACCCAUACCUCGGCGGUUCAACAUUGAUAGCGCGAGGAGCCCCAGACCGCAUUGACUUGGCAAAGCUGAAUCUUAGCCAAGUCGACGAUCACCAAAUUCCCGCAGGUGGCUGUGUAGCCUCAGGGUCAAGGCGCCCCCCACUUCGUGCGCGUGGGGCACAGGAUCGAUUCCCACUGCUGGUAACACACCAAGGUUUUCCUGGUGAUUAGCCAAAUACGUUACACUCUAUCAACCAAUGCAAUUCUCUGUAUAUUGUUCAUUACAGUAACUCCUACAUGGUGCCAUAUUCGGAUCUGCUUUGAAAAUCUGAUCAUUUGAAAUGGUUCCAACCUGGCUGAAUGUUUUCUCUCCAAGGAGGGAACUCAGAGGUUUGUUUUACGUGGUCUCCAUCUGGUUCGCAAAGCCUGUUUUUGAUGCAUUUGCCAAAUGCAAACCUAAAUAUUAUAUAUACUACUGAACAUACAUUUACUGU